AUGUUCACUCCAAUUCAUAUCCCACAGGUGGGGAUUACUUAUAAACAACCCAUUGGCCUUUUCAUUAAUAAUGAAUACGUCAAAUCGAAGGACGGCUCCCUAAUUGAUACUUUCAAUCCUGCAACGGGUGAAAAGAUUACUUCGUUUUACGCUGCAGGUACUGCAGAUAUCGAUGAAGCUGUUCAGGCAGCUAGAAAUGCCUACGAGGACGUUUGGUCCAAGACGACUCCCUCUGAAAGAUCAGAACUCCUAUGGAAAUUAGCUUCGUUAGUGGAGCGUGAUAAGAAGUUAUUGGCUGCGAUGGAAACUCUGGAUUCUGGUAAACCAUACCAUUCAAAUGCAUUGGGUGAUCUAGAUCAGAUCAUUAGCGUUACCAAGUAUUAUGCAGGUGUUGUUCAAAACUUGACCCAGGGAAAACAGAUUCCUGUGAGUCAUGAUAAGUUUGCAGUCACCUUCGAAGUACCUUACGGUGUUGUAGGACAGGUUGUCCCCUGGAACUAUCCGCUAGCCAUGGCUAGCUGGAAGAUGCAGGGCUGUCUGGCGGCAGGUAAUACUAUUGUGAUUAAACCUGCUGAAAACACUUCACUUUCCCUGCUGUAUUUUGCCCAAUUGUUCGUGGAGGCAGGUUUUCCUCCAGGUGUAGUCAAUAUAGUACCAGGACAUGGUGCCCAAGCUGGUACCGCGCUGGCAGCACACCCUGAUGUGGACAAAGUUGCGUUUACCGGUAGCACUAAAGUGGGACAGGCAGUUAUGGAGGCUGCUGGUAAAUCUAAUUUGAAACCUGUUACUUUAGAGUGUGGUGGUAAAUCGCCAGCAGUAGUUUUCGAAGAUGCAGAGAUUGAGCAAGCUGCUGAAUGGUGUGCUCUGGGCAUUUUCUACAACUCUGGCCAAAACUGUACCGCUAACUCACGUAUUUACGUUCAAGAGUCCAUCUACGAGAAAUUCUUGCAAGAAUUUAAGGCUCAAGCUGCCAAGGCGUGGAAAUUCGGUGCCAAGAGAGAUCCAUUUGAUGAAGAGUGUACUCUUGGACCUGUUAUUUCAGAAGUUCAGCAGAAACGUGUCAAGAGCUAUAUUGAGCAUGGUGUUAAAGAAGGUCUAAACAUCGAAACCCUUCACGAAUUACCAGCAGACGUGAAGGGCUUUUUCGUACAGCCUACUUUCUUUACCAACGUACCUCAGAGCUCUAAAUUAAACAGAGAAGAAAUCUUUGGGCCCGUUGCUGUUAUAUCUACUUUUAAGAAUGAGUCCGAAGCCCUCAAGUUGGCAAACGACACGAACUACGGGUUGGCAUCAGCUGUAUUCACUCAAAAUAUUGGUGUUGCCACGAGAUUCGUCAGGGACAUCAAAGCCGGUACUGUUUGGGUCAACUCUUCCAACGACGAAGAGAUUAGUGUACCAUUUGGUGGGUUUAAGAUGAGCGGUAUUGGUAGAGAACUUGGUGAAGCCGGUCUCGGGUCCUACUUACAGACAAAAUCUGCUCAUUUCAACCUUAGUGUAUCGGCACACAAACUCUAA